AUGCCGGCUCAAAUACCGCCCCUCGAUGAACAGGAGUUCUUCGACCCGCAGAUGCCGCUGGCGCAUCUGGACAGCGAGAACAAUGCCAUCUUCUUUCUCAUGAACUCGCCCUUCUUCGACGGAGAGAGCAAUAACAUGGCCGUGUAUAUGAACGCACAAGGGCACCCCAACGGCAUGCAGAUCCUCGGCGAACGAGCAGCAUACGAAUCCGAGCUGCGCAAAUACAACACUGGUUUGCAAUACAUAGUGGCCGGCGAGCCGAAGGGCGACGGACAGCCAUGGCUUAUGCAACGACAGCGCAAGGUCCGCAACGACGACACUGGCAGGGUCGACACAGUGGCGGAGGGAAACUUCUACACACAAGGAACAAGACUGCUCAUGGCACCGAGCAUGCUGGACGUUGUGCAGGCGCGUCUACUCGCAGUAUCGACACGGAUGCAGCAAAUGGCCGAGCUCUCAAAGAACAUGUCGCACUGGUCGCCAGCCACAGGCCACACCUACUACCCACCUUCAUACGAGUUUCCAAAGGCGGAAACCAACGCCAGCCGCGUUGGCAGCCCAACGCUCGCCCCAACAGAGCCCGACGCGUCCGCCUCGCAGUCCCAAACAAAAGAUGCAGCGACGGCGAUCGACUCCUCUGCAUCCACCACUACCUUCAACGACGCGUUCUUCCUGCGCUCUCUGGAACUCACGCACCAAUACGGAGACGAGUACAUGGACGAGAACCCUCUACUCGGCGAGCCCGGCGCCUUCGUCUUCGCAAACUCGAAGAGUCACGUCGACGCGCGGAACAAAGCGCAAGAGCAAGCCAGCCAGGCGUCGCAGGCACAGGCUGUGACGAAGACGGACACGCAGCCCACGAGCGUAGCGCCGUCAGCCGCGGCGACACCAAAGGGCAUCGCAACGCCCCUGGCCCUGGACGGGCCAAGCAGAAAGGGCAGUGUCGCAGGCCUUCCCAAUGUGGAAAAGAAGAAGAGGAGAAAGAGCAAGGGCCUCGCCAGCCCUACGAUGUCGGCCAGACCCGCGUUGUGA